AUGGUUCGCUCAGACAUUGUGCUUGUCCUGGCCUUGACCGCUCACUUCGGAUUUGCGCGCCAUUGCCAGAACCUCACCAUACCUGUAACGAUCUCUGCACAAAACAGCGGCUGGAACAUCAGUCCUCCUUCCAACAAUGUGGAGGUAAUAAACUGGGUUCUGGACGUCAACAGACAGGGACACACAUAUGCUCAAGAUGUGUUUGGUGGGUACACCACUGUCAGUGGCACCUACAACAUUGGAACCACCUAUUGUUCGCCAGAUCACGGCCAUGGCAAGAAGAUCCAAAUUCUCACUCAUGGAGGUGGAUUUGACAGAACCUACUGGGAUUUGCCAUACAAUAACUUCAACUAUUCCUAUCUCAACGCAGCCGUAGAUGAAUACGGCUUCAGCACUUUAACGUGGGAUCGAAUUGGCGUUGGCGAGUCCGACCAUCCUGAUCCACUACGGGAUGUUCAAGCCCCGCUCUCAGAACAGGCUCUGAAACUCAUUACGGAGUUGAUUCACAACGGCACCUUCCCAGGCAUAGAACAUGAGUUUGAAAAAGUGCAUCACGUCGGCCACUCGAUCGGUUCUGCACUAACUUUGAGUCUGAUCCGAGACUAUCCAGCCAUAUCAGACGCUGCGGUCCUCACCGGCUUCAGUGCGAAUGGAACCUGGGCCGACUACUUCAUGUUGGGCUCUAAUUGGCUCUCGACCACGGAAAUCCCCAGGUUUUCGAAAGACUAUUCCGCUGGCUACAUAGCAUGGGACCACCCGUCCGGCAUACAGACCGCCUUUCUUGCACCAGGAGAGUUCGAUCCAGAAGCCCUCAUCUGGGCUGCAAACAAUACCAGUCCUACCUCUCCCGGAGAAGUCCUCCAGGUCGGCUUCCCAGAGAGAAACAACUUCACGGGGCCCCUUCUCGUCAUUACCGGAGAGCGAGAUCUUGUAUUUUGUGGAGGUGACUGCUACAAGACUGGAGACCCUCAAGUCCCUAGUCUACUUAACUAUACAUACCUUAUAGCCCCAGAUGCUCGACCUCUCAAAAACAUUGUCGUUCCUCGAGGUGGCCAUGGCUUGAAUAUGGAAUAUGGUCACAAGCAGACAUAUGCGGAUAUCAAUAAAUUUUUGCUAGAGCAUUAG